CAACAAACUGUUCCUCACAUGCCAGACGUCUUCCAAAGUCAAGGUUUAUCCCAACAGGAGCGGGAGCCCAGGAACCAAGCCAAACUAUUAAAGCCGAGGCGUACCAUUUUUCCGAUUCCACGACGACUCAUCCCUUAUACCUACCUAGUCCUCGACGUUGAAGCUCAAGGAGAAGCAACCGAGUUGUAGUUCCUUGCGAGAGAGAAAGAAAACACCAUGCCUACUGGCCCCGCGCCCCAACGCCGUCGUGGGAAAGAAAACGGCUUCAGCGACGCCAUGUCCGUCCAGAAGUGCCCGGCAACCCGCAAACGCCCUGUCGCCGUCGACGCCGACCAACAUAUCGACAAGCCCUCGGUCCCUCGCGCCAACCUUGCCAUCUCGACCCAGGAGCCGCACGGAAGCGUUGACCACGCCCGGAAGUUCCACGACUAUACUGUUCUGCAGCAGCACGUCCUCUUUUGGGACCGGGACGGCGACGGCCAGAUCUACCCCUGGGACACGUACGUCGGCUUCCGAGACUUGGGCUUCAACAUCCUGUUCUCCCUGCUCGCCAUGGCCAUCAUCAACUUCAACUUCUCGUAUCCCACCCGCCUGGCGUAUUCGUUCGUGCCCGACCCGCUCUUCCGCGUCUACGUCGGCGGCAUCCACAAGGCCAAGCAUGGCUCGGACAGCGGAGUUUACGAUACCGAGGGCCGAUUCGUGCCCCAGAAAUUCGAGGACCUGUUCUCAAAGUGGGAUAAGGAGGGCGGGGGGUCGUUGACGUUCAUGGAGCUGUUCAGCAUGAUCCAUGGGAACCGCCUCGUCGCGGACCCUUUCGGAUGGGGUGCGUCCAUUUUGGAGUGGGUGACGACCUGGCUGCUAGUCCAGCAAAGGGGGAGGGUCUACAAAGAAGACCUGAGGCAGGUGUACGACGGCUCCAUAUUCUGGCGCAUACGCGAGGCACGACGAGGCAGAAGAGAAUGGCGUCGGCCAUCUGGGGUUGACGGGCCGUCUGGGCCUGGCGGGCCGUCUGGGGUCGACGGGGCCAAUUCGAUUGAAGAUAUGGCUAUAUAAAACUGGUUGCUGGAGACUCUUUGAGAGUCAUGGUAUUCAUGGUAUUAAUUAGAGUAAUUAAUUACAGGGUAGGUUUUCUCGUGGACAGGGGUAAUAUGGAAUGGCUCUUAAACAAAAUAACUUCUCAGAGGAGUGAGAAGGGAGGUUGGAGGAAAGUAGGUGUAACUCCUGGCCGUGAAAGUUAAUUCUCACAAUGAUUUGACAUGUGAUAAGUCAAUCGAGAGCAUGACGUCAUGGUCGACCACAUAUGCAGCCACACCAUUGCAUCACAUUUUGGAAGCUAAAUAGCUGAUGGAAUAAAGCC